CACCGGCAGGCGGCGCCAGAGAGCCAGGCCGCGGGGUCCCAGGGUCUGGCGUCCAGCCGGGCGGGGCGAGGGGCGGGCCCUGGCGUGACCGCGUUGGAGCUUGCAGACAGUCCCGCGGCGGGAGCGACCCGUAGCCGGAACCUCCGCAGCCAUGGCCGAACACUCAGCUCGCCACUGCUGCCUGGGAUGGGACUUCAGCACGCAGCAGGUAAAAGUUGUUGCUGUUGAUGCAGAGCUGAAUGUCUUCUAUGAGGAUAGUGUGCAUUUUGACAGAGACCUUCCAGAAUUCAGAACUCAGGGAGGCGUUCAUGUUCAUGAGGAUGGGCUGACAGUUACUUCCCCAGUCCUGAUGUGGGUCCAGGCUUUGGAUAUCAUCUUGGAGAAGAUGAAGGCUUCGGGCUUUGACUUCUCUCAAGUCCUCGCCUUGUCUGGGGCGGGCCAGCAACAUGGAAGCGUGUACUGGAAGGCGGGGGCCAACCAGGUGCUGAUGAGCCUGACACCAGACCUCCUGUUACGUGAGCAGCUGCAGGCCUGUUUCUCCAUCAGUGACAGCCCCGUGUGGAUGGAUUCCAGUACCACAGCCCAGUGCCGCCAGCUGGAGGCCACCGUGGGUGGGGCCCAGGCUCUCAGCAGCCUCACUGGGUCCCGCGCCUACGAGCGAUUUACAGGAAACCAAAUUGCAAAGAUUUACCAGAAGAACCCGGAGGCCUACUCACGCACAGAGAGAAUUUCCUUGGUCAGUAGUUUUGCUGCUUCCCUGUUCCUUGGGUCUUACUCCCCUAUUGACCACAGUGAUGGUUCUGGAAUGAAUUUGUUGCAGAUCCAGGACAAAGUCUGGUCACAGGCUUGCCUUGGUGCCUGCGCACCUGGUUUAGAGGAGAAGCUCGGCCAGCCGGUGCCAUCAUGCUCUGUUGUGGGAAAUAUUUGGAGUUGUAGUGGCUCAGAUGCUUCCCACCUUGCACCCUCCCAGCCCAUCUUGUUCACCUGCCAUUGUGGCUUCACGCAGGGAGCCAUUUCUUCCUACUUUGUCCAGCGCUAUGGGUUUCCUGCAGGAUGCAAAGUGGUGGCCUUCACUGGGGACAACCCAGCAUCGCUGGCAGGCAUGAGGCUGGAGGAAGGUGACAUUGCGGUCAGCCUGGGCACCAGCGACACCCUCUUUCUCUGGCUCCAGGAGCCUAUGCCCGCCCUGGAAGGCCACAUCUUCUGCAACCCAGUUGACCCCCAGCACUACAUGGCACUCCUGUGCUUUAAAAAUGGCUCCCUCAUGAGAGAGAAGAUCCGUGAUGAGUCUGCUUCCCGUUCCUGGAGCGAGUUCUCUAAGGCGCUGCGGUCCACAGAGUUGGGGAAUGGCGGAAACCUGGGUUUUUAUUUUGAUGUAAUGGAGAUCACCCCUGAAAUUAUUGGGCGUCAUAGGUUUAAUGCAGAAAACCAUGAGGUCUCAGCAUUCCCCUGGGAUGUGGAGAUUCGAGCACUGAUUGAAGGACAAUUCAUGGCCAAGAAGAUUCAUGCUGAGGGCCUGGGCUAUCGAGUCAUGCCUAAGACAAAGAUUUUGGCCACUGGAGGGGCAUCUCAUAACAAAGACAUCUUACAGGUGCUUGCAGAUGUGUUUGGUGCCCCAGUGUAUGUCAUAGACACUGCCAACUCAGCCUGUGUGGGCUCUGCUUACCGAGCUUUCCAUGGCCUUGCAGCUGGAACCAACAUGCCCUUCUCAGAGGUUGUGAAGCUAGCCCCAAAUCCCAGAUUAGCUGCUACCCCAACCCCGGGAGCUUUUCAGGUCUACGAGGCCCUCCUCCAGCGGUAUGCUGUGCUUGAGCAGAGAGUCCUGACCCAGACCCGGAGGCCUUCUGAAUGAAUGCUGCAGGCCCAGGGAAUGGUGUUCCUUGCAAGCUUGCUGCAUGAAGGGAGAAAAGAACGCAAGGAGCUGAGGAUGACAGCCUAUCAACAGCAGGUUGGAGAUUCAGAAGAAAAUGGACAGCUCUCCCACUACCACCAGCACCACCUAGACAUUACUCAUUAAAGAAAUUGUACAUGAUCGACCAAAGGGGUCUCUUCUAUCAAGAAGCAGAGACAGCCACCAUUCCAUUCCCCAUUUUACCCCUGCCCCCACGGAGUUGCCAGUUAUUACAAGGAAAUCUGGAGUUCCUCUUGUGGUGCAGUGGAAAAUCUGACUAGUAUCCUUGUGGAUGUGGGUUUGAUCCCUGACCUUGCUCAGUGGGUUAAGGAUCUAGUGUUGCUGUGAGCAAUGGUGUAGGUCACAGACAUGGCUUGGAUCCACAGCUCCAAUUUGACCCCUAGAGUGGGAACCUCCAUAUGCCGCGAGUACAGCCCUAAAAAAGAAAGAAAAAAAAAAGGACAUCAACAUAAAUAGAAAAAGGGACUUAUCAUCUAUACAAAUAUGGGAAGAAAACAUAGUAAGAAUCAUGGCUUUUCAAGGUGAUGAAAUAGUCCAAAAUAAAAAGGAACAAAGAGAGUAAACUAUAGCAACCCUCCAACGUGAACUUUAAAAUAAAAACCAAUAGUGGGUGUGAAAGAAUACCACAGGUCAGAAAUUCAGAAACUUAGAAUGAAAAUGAAAAAGCAGCAGACACAUGUGAAAAGAGAACUGACCAAACAUGGGAAAGAAUUUAAAAAGAUAAAAUCAUCAUAGCUAUGAAGACUAAAUUACAACACAUUCAAAUGAAAAUGGAAACGGAGUUUCCCUCCAGGCUCAGCAGAAAUGAAUCUGACUAGCAUCCAAGAGGACUCAGGUUCGAUCUCUGGCCUUGCUCAGAGGGUUAGGGAUCUGGCGUUGCCAUGAGCUGUGGUGUAGGUUGCAGUUACAGCUCAGAUCCAGCGUUGCUAUGGUUUUGGCGUAGACUGGCAGCUGUAGCUCCAAUUUUACUCUAGCCUGGGAUUUUAGGUGUGGGACUGAAAAAGAAGAUAAUAAAUAAGAAAAUAAGAACGACUGUAAGUACCUUAAAGCAUAUAGAAGAAAGGAAUGAAAAAAAGUGAAGGGCAAAAACAACAAACUGGAAGAGCUGGAAAGGCCCAAGAAGAAAAUAAGACAGGCAAAUGAAAACUAACACUGGUAAAAUUGGAGCUCUUGCAGCCAAAAGAUUAGACACUGGAAGAGAGUUAAUAUUUAAAACUACUCCAAGAGAAAUUUCAGAAAACAAAAAACCUGUAUCCGUAUCUUGAAAGGGCCUACCUUGUUACAGGGAAAGUUGAUCCAGGAUGAUAGAUGGAGACAUAUUCUAGCAAACUAUCAUAAUUUGAAGGUGAGGGGGAAAUUCUCUAGACCAAGACCUAGUCUCUUACUAAGGACAGAUCAGGUUGGCAUCAAAUUUCUCAAAAAGCAAUUAGAAGUGGAGUAACAUUUGGGGUUCCCUCAUGGCCCAGUGGUUAACAAACCUGACUAGCAUCCUUGAAGACUUGGGUUUGAUCUCUGGCCUUGCUCUGUGGGUUAAGGAUCUGGUGUGGCCAUGAGCUGUGGUAUAGGUUGCAGAUGAGGCUCAGAUCUGGCGUGGCUGUGGCUGUGGCGUAAGCCAGCUGCUGUAGCUCUUAUUGCACCCUAGCCUGGGAACCUCCAUAUGCCUCCAGUAUGGCCCUAAAAGCCAAAAAAAGACCAAAAAAAAAAAAAAAAGUGGAGCAACAUUUUCAAGAAACUCAAAGAGAAAAUACCAACUGUUUCGUGUUCAGCUAAGCUGCCCUUUUAAGUAUCAAGGAUGUUGAACAAUUUUUUUUUUUUUAGAGUUGGUCAUACAGCAUAUGGAAGUUCUCAGGCUAGGGGCCGAAUCAGAGCUGCAGCCACUGGCCUAUGCCAAAGCAACACGAGAUCCAAGCUGGGUGUGUGAGCUACACCACAGCUUAUGGCAAUGCCAGAUCCUUAACCCACUGAGUGAGGACAGGGAUCAAACCUUCAUCCUCAUGGAUACUAGGCAGGUUUGUUUCCUCUGAGCCACAACAGGAACUCCUAACAAGUUUUUUUUUAAUUAUGCAAGAUCUCAGGAAAUAUUGUACUUAAUCCCUUAGGAUUCCACUAAAACAAGCUUCAUCCAACCAGAAGAUGAUUGAGAAAUGUUUAAGUUCUUAUGUUUAA